UGAGUACCAGGAGUCACAAUGAGAGGAGCCAUCAUGUCAGUGCUGCACCUCGCAGCCCCCGCCUGCCCCCUGCAGCCUCACAAUGCACUGAGCCACUCUGUGCCUCAUGCCUCAUACUCUAAUGCAAGCUCGUACUGUAGGAAGGUGACGCGUCACUGUGAAGACUGAGAGACUCCAAUUCUGGUCAUCAAAGAAGACGGCGCGGUUCUUAUAAUUAGCAGGAAGGAACUUCUGCUCCAUGUGACGUUGAUGCUCAUAAAUGAGACGUCUUGCGCUCCUUUGUCUUCCUGUCAUUGUGUCCCUCUGCCAGGUCUCCACUACAACCUCUGACUUCCACUGAGUCUUCUGGAGCCUUCACCAUGACACAUCUUGCGUCUCUAAGGUCCUUGACCCGUGCUCCAUAAUCUUCUCACCAUCCUCUUCUCCAUCAUGGCUGCAAACCUGGAGGACAAUCCUUGAGAUUCUGCUCUUACUUUAGGAGUGUUCUUGAUUUCCUCAGUUUGUUCCUCUGCUGUAAUCAUGUCAUCCAUUGAUGAGUUGCCACCACCAAGGGCUUCACCCCACCAAGGACAGAUCCAGAGUGAUGCCCUGGAGGAGCACACAGAACUGUGGUGGUCUAGAGAGCCGGUCAAGUCCAUAUUAUGCUACUGUUUCUCGGUGCUCCUGAUUUUAGCCUGUGGAAUCGGUGGGAUUGUGCUUCUCUCCACCACCACCAGUCGAUCAGGAGAGUGGAGACUUGCCGUCGGGGCCACCCUUUGUAUACUUGCUCUGUUGGUUUUACUGAAGCAGCUUCUGAGCUCAGCUAUCCAGGACAUGCAAUGUCUGACCAGGCGGGAGCACAUCAACAUGCUGAAGAGUGGAGGGUUGUCAGACAUUCUGGUUUUCCUCAUAAGCGCCAUUAUUAUCCUUGUGUGUGGGGUUGCCCUACUUCUUCUUUCCGUUACUGGAGAGACUCCAGGCUUCCCGCCUUUCCUAGUCACCAUGCACAAUGUGGGGGUGGCGAUGGUCGUUGUGGGAUGCCUUAUCCUCCUUGGUGUCCUUGUAUUCACUAUACUGAUGUUUUGCAGAUCUUGUGUUCCUAGUCGCUUUCAUCCACGUAAUAUCGGGGUGUUCUCCAUCUCUGGCCAGUUACAUCAACGGCAGAACACCACCUCAAGUUUGGCCAACCUCCUCUAAGCCUGUCCCAUGCCAAAGACACAAAUGGAGUUGAGCUCUUCUGAAUUUUACCAAAUGAUGUGGAUCUGAGCUAAAAUUUGUCAUGGUUAGAGUAUGAUGGUGUCAUGAGGAGGUUAUGAUAUGGUCGUGAUGAGGACAUGAUGAUAUCUUGACGUUAUGCUGGGGACAUGACAGGGUCAUAAUGAUGUCAAGUAGGGGUCAUGAUAGAUCCCUGAUGACAUAAUAAUGAGGACAUGUUAGGGUCAUGCUGAGAACACAUUAGUGAUGUUAAAACAGUUGGAUGGAGGACAGACCUCUAGUGGCCUCCAUACAAUAAUCCAUCCUUUAACCAAGCACGUUUACUUGAAGUGGGAACGUGGCCUUUGUACCCGACACAAAACCCAUUUGCUUUCUAUUGACAGGAAGGAAAACACAGAUGUUCCCCGGACACAUCUAGAAAUCCUGUAGCUCCUCUGAUGUUCCCCACCAGGAAUGUGCUUGUAAAAUAUUAUCAGAAUUGCAAGUAACUGGAAAUACUGAUCACAAGGGAUUUCCUCCAGUUACAUCCAAAGUGAAAUCACACAUAUGCUGCUGGUUUCAGAAUCCGACAGUCAUGUGACCUAAUAGGUGCGUUAUAGUCUUGUAACUAUCACUUCAGCUCCCACCAUGCACCGCUCUCUGCUAGCAGGAAACCAGAAGAAUUCUUAGUGCUGCUUUGGAUGGGACUGGAGUAGAACACAUGUCGUAACUCCAGACUAGUAAAGCAAAGUAUAUAAAGAGUACACUGGAAAAGGUAAAAUGACAGGUUUGGUUACAAGUGUCCCCGAUUGUCACUGCCGGGAUGUGUGGGGUCCUUGACCCUUCGUCUCCACUGCAUCAUUCACAUGAAGUCACAAUGGGGACACUGAGAGCAAAGAAAGCCGAUUGUCCUGUGCAGAGGGCAUGCUGGGAACUGGUGGAGAUACAAUGUAACAAAAACAGACAAAGGUUUUCCUUUGUUCAUUCUAUGAUUAGGAUUCGUGAGGUGAAACCUGAUCAACCCCCCACCAUUCACAUGCCAUGUGUAGUAUGGCUGGCCUCUUCUGUAGUAGAGAGGCUUUUGGGCCCUCAGGUACUAGGGCCCAGAAAUGACUGCAGACUAUUGCACAGGAGGACCCGAAGGUGCCACAUCUUACAGAGAAAAAUGGCGCAAUAUGUCCAUUUUCUAAUCCAGAUCUUUCGGGACGCGGCUCAAGGCCAUAUUAAGGUCUUAGGUGUCUCCCAAGCAUCAAAAAUGUUCUACUUUUUCCACCUUUGAUGAUCCCCCAUAAAAUAGGUGACGAUAGUUUGUGACAUCUGCCCCCUCAAUCAUUAAUCUGAGGGAUCCUGGCAGUAUGUAAUAUACUAUUCCCCUGCAGCUCCACCACAGGAGAACUGAAGGAUUGCAUGGUGUCCACUAAAACCACUGGACGUGCUGGGUCCUCCAGAGAGAGAGGCACUCUGUGGCCCCUCUCUUCUCAAAGUAACUAAUAGAGAGCUAAAACUGUUACCCCGAAGGGGUAUUAAAAAAAAAAAGGGUUCUAAAACCAACCCCUAUAUGACAAUAAGUAUGGUGGAGAAGACCAUUAAUAGAGGCCCUUGGCUAGGACCGAGCUGUGGCACCUGUGUGGCAUAAGAGGAUGGCAGAAAUGUGUAUGUUGUGGCCCAGUAACCUUAUGAUCACUUCUGGUCUGCUUGGACUUCUGUAGGGUAUGGUGACCACGCGGUAUCCUAGUCAGCGCCCCUCCACCGCCAGGGAUGACAUUGUCUGUUUGCUGUCGCCUUGUCUCUUGGUGUCACACAUCAGCUGAUGACACGUAUACACUGGAGCCAGCCCCACGCCUCCUACUCAAAGCUAGCGGAGUGCAGUUUGUCAUGAUAUUGGAGUGAUCUAAAGUUGCAUUGUGUCUUAUACUCCAGUCACAACCAGAGCUGCAUUCAGAAUUCUGCUGCCUUAGGCCUCUUGCACACGAACAUAUUUUCAUUCCGUGUCCGUUCCGUGUUUUUUUUUCCGGAUUGUAUACGAAA